AUGGCCGACGCCGAAGAGGAUUUCUCCUCUCUCCCUCUACAAGAUCGCUUCACACACAAGGUCUGGAAAGUAAGGAAAGAAGGAUACGAAGAUGCCGCCAAACAAUUCGAGAAAACACCAGAUGAAUCAGACCCCGUAUUCACACCGUUUUUACAAGACCCGUCUUUAUGGAAAGGCGCCGUUGCCGAUUCGAAUGUUGCCGCCCAACAGGAGGGUCUAGCGGCGUAUUGUGCGUUUUUGAAAUAUGGAGGUAUUCAGGCUUGUGCAAGAACACGAGGAGUGACGGUCUCCGCUAUCGCUGAAAAGGGUCUUCCCUCAGCGCGUCCUGCCGCCAAAGCAAACGCCCUUGAAGCGCUACUCCUUCUUAUAGAGCUCGACAAAGCAGAUCCCAUCAUAGAUGACUUGAUUCCUAUCUUAUCUGCAAAACAACCGAAGUCCAUUGCUGCGGGACUGGCUGCGAUUACGGCUAUAUACCACAAUUAUGGAUGCAAGAUUGUCGACCCCAAACCAGUUCUUAAGAUAUUACCCAAGGUAUUUGGUCAUGCCGACAAGAACGUUCGUGCGGAAGCGCAGAAUCUCACCGUGGAGCUGUACCGAUGGCUCAAGGAAGCGAUGAAGCCGGUUUUCUGGGCCGAAUUGAAACCAGUGCAACAACAGGAUUUGGAUAAAUUAUUCGAGAAAGUUAAAGAAGAGGCCCCGCCAAAGCAGGAGCGAUUAACAAGAGCGCAGCAGGAUGCGAUAGCUUCUGCCCCUGCAGCCGGUGAGGAGGAUGCAGGUGGAGAAGCUGGGGACGACUAUGGCGAGGAUGAAGGCGAAAUGGACCCCCUUGACCUCGCAGAACCAGUUGAUGUCAUGCCAAAAGUACCGAAGAAUCUACACGAACAAUUGGGCUCGACAAAAUGGAAGGACAGGAAAGAAUCUUUAGACGAACUUUACAAGGCGCUCAACGUUCCUCGAAUCCAGGAAGGGCCAUUUGAUGAAAUUGUCAGGGCGCUUGCAAAGUGCAUGAAAGACGCAAACAUUGCAGUAGUCACAGUUGCAGCCAGCUGUGUGGACUUGCUUGCCAAGGGUCUGCGAUCCGCAUUUGCUAAAUAUCGUUCAAUAAUCAUGGCACCAAUCAUGGAGCGCCUGAAAGAGAAGAAGCAAUCUGUUGCUGAUGCGCUCGGCCAGGCGUUGGAUGCGGUGUUUGGUUCUACUGGUCUUUCGGACUGCCUGGAGGAUAUCUUUGAGUUUUUGAAGCACAAGAACCCUCAAGUCAAACAAGAGACCGUCAAAUUCCUAACUAGAUGUCUCCGAACGACCCGUGAAGUGCCUCAGAAGCCUGAAGUCAAGUCAAUAGCCGAAGCCGCCAUCAAACUACUUACCGAAUCGAGCGAAGUUGUACGAUCUGGCGCCGCUGAAAUUCUGGGAACUCUAAUGAAGAUUAUGGGUGAACGAGCUAUGAAUCCUUAUCUUGACGGUUUGGAUGAGAUCCGAAAAACCAAGAUCAAGGAAUACUUUGAAACAGCUGAAGUCAAGGCCAAGGACCGUCCUAAGCCUAUAAUGGCACCCCCUAAACCCGCUGCCCCAGCUGCGAAGAAAGCCGCGCCAGGCGCAAAGAAACCUGCUCUCGGUUUGAAAAAGGCCGCUCCUGCUGUCGCACCGCCGGCCCCAGUUGAAGAGGCAUCCCCACCCCCUAAACCCAAGACUGUUGGUAGGCCAGGACUUGCACGCCCAGGCGGUGCUCCCAAGUCGGGACUAGCUACUCCUGGCGGUGGGCUAAAGAUGCAACGACGUAUUCCCGGUGCUGGUGGAGCUGCAGCUGGAUCCCCUCAGCGACGUGUAUCCUCACCACCGCUAGAAGAACCAGCACCCGCAGCACCCGCACAGCCCAAGUUCGGCUUGGGACGAGGACUCACUGGACGACCCAUCAGCAAGACUGCGGCGCCUGCAGAGGUAGCACCCGCUGCAGCACCUGUCAUAUCUGGCCUCGCGGCUGUUGAGCGUGCUGAACUAGACGAGCUCCGCCUCGAGAAAGAGCGCCUCUGGAAACUCAAUGAAGAUCUUAGAACCGAAAAGAUGAGACUUUCCUCUCAAGUGACUGAGCUUCAAAAUCAAAAUGCUCAACUUAUUGAGGACCACACUCGGGAUGUAUUGAGCAUCAAGGCUAAAGAAACACAGCUGGUUCGUGCUCGCAGUGAUGCAGAGACCGCAGAACAAACGGUCCAAAAACAACAACGCGAAAUCGAACGACUCAAGCGUGAAUUAGCUCGAGCAGUUCGUGCAUCAACAAUGAGCCCACCAGUGUUAUCAGAUGGACUCAACACUGGUGUCUCAGACAACGGCCCAUUAUCACCUGAAAUAGGUACUUAUAGCAGCAACGGCUCUCGUGCAGGUCACUAUAUGAGCUCGCGGUUGGACACCAGCCGACCCCGAAGCUACGUUUCUAGUCCAAGCGAAGACAAAGAAAACAACGGUUUCGGUUCGCCAACAACCGAAACAAACAUUGACCCACCAUUUGGACGAAGAAAGUUUAGUCCACCCGUGGGACAGAAUAUUUCGAGCAGAGGCAGCCCGGUUCGAACGACAGCUCGCUACGCAUCUGCCGGUAGUACUCACAGUGUCGAUGACCAACCAUCCAUAACGAGUCGAUCAGCUGAGCCAGCAGAGAAUUGGAAGCGAGCGGCGGAAGUGACCAGUCAAUUGAAAGCUAGGAUUGAGCAGAUGAAGGCUCGACAAGGUCUCACUCGCCCUCCAUCAUCAACUCAUUCAUAA